CUGUCGUAAUGAUGGCUGAAUAAUGAUAACAAAAAGUUAUAAACAAAUUAUCAAAUGAGUUUAACUUAGUUUUUGUGAUAAUGUCGUAGAAAAGUAAUUGAGAAAUUACUACAGAUCAACAUAGGCGUAUAAUAAUAGCCAUGGCAGUUUACGCUGCACAUUUAACGCGAACCCUACAAGGUACACCUUCAAUAUUUCAAAUCGCUGCUCAAGAAGCAUUGGGGGCAACGGUCAAACCAGCAUUGAAAAGACUUGCAGAGUACCUAGCUGCUAUCAAUCCACACAGAUAUGCGUGGUGUGAGAGAUGGUAUGAUGAGCUGUAUUUACUACUAGAUUUCUGCUUGCAGUAUCACUAUUUAAAACAUUAUGCCGCAUCAUUCUCAGAGUGCUUCUAUGGUUUGUUACGAGUACCUAUAAAUCCAAGCAAUGAGUUUCAUUCCGGUGUUCGGUUACCUGAACUUCUGGAAAAAGGUUCUCUAUUACUACUUGUUGUGGGGCCUUAUAUCAAAGAUAAAGUUGACCAGUUUAUUGAGAAAUGGCGAGAGGAUUAUGAGGAUGGGAAAUUUGGCAAGAGUACAAGCGAUCAAGCUCGUAAAGCCGCAAUAAAGGUAUAUUCAAUAGCACAUUUUGUAUUAGAAGCUGCAAAGUUCAUCCAGCUAGCUCGAUAUUUGACUGGUGGUACAUUAUCUCCUGCGUUAGACUUUGCAUUGCUCGGUCUAACAGUCAAGGAAGCACCACCUCCGGAACCUGAGGAACACUGCUGGUCUGAUUUAUUUAAAAGCCUUUGGGCUGGACAGAUUAGUGAUGUGACUCUAACCUUCCCACUAGUGGGCCGUGGGUUGCUCAGUAUGGUGCAGUACGGCGCGUACGGUGUACAGUUAUUAAAGUGGUGGGAAGCGAGGGCCUCUCCCGUCACUUCACUACCUUUGCCCACAACACCUCAGAAAUGUGAUAAAACAGUAAAAUGGAAGAACAAAUGUCCAGUAUGUCUGCAGCCGUGGAAAGUGCCCACUGUUCUGCCUGUCUCAGGUUUCGUAUUCUGCUACGGCUGUGUGUCGCGUGCGGUGCGCGCGGCGGGCGUGUGCCCCGCCAGCGGCCUGCCCGCCUCAGACCGCACGCUGGUGCGUCUCUACAUUAAUACUUAACAAGUACUAUUAGAGACGUUGACGGUGUUAUACUAUAGUAGUAUGGGCUACGGUUUUCGCGACUCCACGACUAGCGCGUAUUUUGCGUGAGAAUAGGACAUAGAUUACUCCAGCCAACUCAGCUCUCCGAAGAACCACAGCUUUACAAGUAACCAAACAAGUACUAUUAGAGAUGUUGACGGUGUUAUACUUAUCAAAUAUUAUUAAAUGUCUCGUUUAAAGUAUUUUUAUAUUGUAUAUUAGUUGAAAAUAAUGAAUAUAAAUGUUAACAUUGAAGUUUUUAUGUUUUAGUUAGAUUAUAACUAAUUGAUGAGUUCCAUUUGCAAAAUUAAGUUGUAAUUAUUCGUUUUUUUAUACAGAUACUGUAUUUUAAUUUUGAAUCAAAAUUUCAGUUAAUAAAUUUAGAAAAUGCUGCUCGAAGGACCAAUUUACUGCUGUAGAGUAAUAUAAUUGUGAAUAGCUUUAAUUUAUUAUAUGCGUGUUGGUUUGUAUAAUAUAGGGUUAUGCUUAUUUUUUAGAAGCGGUUUCGGUGAUAUUUUAUGCAUUUUUAUAAAUAAAAUGGUGGUGUUG